GAACGGUGAGAAAUGGGCCGCGCGAAUGCCCAAAGCAGCUGUUCCUUACCAGGCUGCCAGCCCAUAUCCUCUACUCUUCCUCUUCCUCCAAAACUUUCCGAACUCCGGAGGUCCCAAGUCCCAACAACUUUUUCCACCUGCACCGCGAUAAGCCCUAAUCGCCAGUUCGCCACCUCCGUCUCCAUGGCGACCACCUCCUUCUUCCAUCCGCUCGCCGCCCCGAUGGGUGGCGGUGGCGCUCGACUCGGUCGCUGCCCGUUCACCCUACCGGUCCCCGCCCGCACCGCGCCUCGGCGGGCGGCGCCGCUCCUCGUCAUCCGCGCGAAGCGAGCCGGCAGCCGGGCCCCCGCCGCUGCCUCGCGGAAGCCCGCGAACCCCAGCGCGGCCCCGAAGCGGGACGCGGAGGAGGAGGUGGAGGUCGAGGAGGAGAUGCCGUGGAUCCAGGACAAGGCGCUGGACCUCGUGGAGUUCACCGGCACCGUCACGCAGGCCAUCCCGGGGCCCCGCGUCGGCUCCAGCCCCGUCCCGUGGCUCCUCGCCGUGCCGCUCGCCUACGUCGGCGUCUCCUUCGUGCUCGCGGUCGUCCGCACUGUGAGCAGGUUCACCUCCCCGCGCACUCAGAAGAAGCGAAGGGUGGGUAAGAAUAUAUUCUUGUUGAAGUCACUAGAUGAGCUGUUCCAGAAGGGCAGGGAGGCAGUGGAUUAUCCAGCUCUUCAAGACCUAAUGCAGAAGACAGGAUUUGACAUGGAUGAUGUAGUAAGAAAGUAUAUUCGGUACACACUGAAUGAAAAACCAUUCAAUCCUGAUGUGGUGGUGGAUCUUAUACAUCUAAGGAAGGCAUCAAUGUUAGAAGAUGCUGAAGUUGCUGAAAUUUUGAAUGAGAUUUCAAGACGAAUUGUUCGGGAAAAAGGACCAAUAGUUAUGGAUUUAUCUGGGUUUACUGAACAAGGUUUCAAAAGGAAGCUUGCUGUGCAAGCAUUGUUUGGAAAAAUCAUGUACUUGUCAGAGCUUCCAGAAUUCUGUUCACGGGACAGCUCACUUGUUGUCAAAGAAAUCUUUGGAGUUACAGAUGAGGACGCGGAUAGCAUCCGGAUUCAUACCCUCUCUGAAGCUGGUGAUAUCGAAUCUAUACAGAGGAUGGUCGAUGAUUCUCACUUAGAACAUGGUCCCUCGUCAUCAUCUUAAAUUAUGGUGAUGGAAUAAUGUUAAGCAUCUCCAUUGAUAGUGUUGCAACUUUAGCUUGCGUGAGUUUCUCCAGCCCUUUUUUCGAUUGUUCUUUUUCCAGCCAUUGAGGGAGGGAGCAGGAUACUUGGCUGGAAGUUUUGUAAAUCGCAUUUUGGAUAGGCUUGUAACGUAUGGCAGUGGGCCAGACCUGUCCAUUACUCGAGUAAAACUUGCCAAGAGAAUGGUAGCAAUGAGUUUAUAGAAAGCGGGAAUGCUAAUUGAAUUUAAUCCGUCUUAAAUUUUUUGUUUC